AUGAUUUCUUUUGCAGCAUCAAAGUAUCAGAAACCAGGGAAGCCGAAUGCAAAUGAGGUUUCAGAGGAUAUUAUGCUGAAGAUGGGGAAUGAGAGUGAACAAAACAAGAAUGUGGUGGCGCGUGUCGUGGAUGGUCCCUCAGAGGUGAGGAAGUACAGAGGCGUGAGGCGGAGGCCGUGGGGCAAGUUUGCUGCGGAGAUAAGAGAUCCGGCUAGGAAAGGGAGUAGGGUUUGGCUGGGGACUUAUGAGAUGCCUGAAGAUGCUGCAUUGGCUUAUGAUAGAGCGGCUUUUAAGAUGCGGGGUGCUCGAGCUUUGCUGAAUUUUCCACACCUGAUCGGCUCGUCGGAGCCGACCAGGGUGAGUAGUAGGAAUAGGUCAGUGGCGGAAGCGUAUGCUUCGGCCUCUUCUGUGGAGGAUCUUCCUCCGAAGAAGAGGAGAAAGGAUGAGAUUUGUUUGACACUACACAUAUGA